AUGCGCUCAUUUUCAAAACAGAUUAUCGAUUGGUCUCUUGAUGCGAAUCAUACGACCUCUUUAUUUCAAACUUUGAACGAGACAAGUAACACAAAACGGAAACGACCGGUCUAUAGAACUCUUGAGAAAACAAUGAACAGGGCACGUAUAGUUUCACGUGGAACUUUCAGCUACGACAGUGUUGAGAUAGUAUGCUUCAUGGACUUCCUGCUUAGCUGA